AUGGCACGCUCCGUGUCACGCACCCGAGUCGUGGUCCGGCAGUCCUACUUCUGGCCCGACCAACAGCUUAACUUCUGGAUGAUCAUCAUGCUGGCGACCGGCGGGACGAUCAUAGGCGUGUUUGCGAGUUUCCUACAAGACCAGCAGACGUUGGGGCUGCCCAUACCUUGGAUCAUCCCCUACGGCAUCACCGUCGGCGCCCUCCUCAUCGUCUACAUAAUCGUCCUCAUCCUGCUCAUCUACCAACGCCGCCUGCUCCCGGGCGUCGUCAUGAUCGGCUGCUUCAUCCUGCUCGUCCUCUUCCUCACCGGCCUCAUCGAGACCGCCAUCCAGCUCUUCGGCCCCGCCGGCAACAUCGCGAGCAACUGCCAGGUCUUCGUCAACGGCAACAAGAGCACGGGCGUGAGCCAGGCGACAUUAGCGUGGCUGCAGCAGAACAGCACGUGCAAUAGCUGGUACGCGGUUUUCGCGUUCUGGAUUGUAGGGGCGGUGUUUUUGACGUGGAUGAUUGUGCUGGGGAGUAUGGUUGCGCGGGGUCAGGUCGGGGAAUAG